GUGCCGGGAGAGGUUGUGGCCAAAACGAAACUAUGACUGAUGAGAUUGUGAAUCCCAACGAGAAUCUGAUCAUUCCCGAUUGGAUCAACGAGAAGUAUUUCGAGAAGGUUUUGGUCCAAGACGAACCGGAUCAUGUGAAGGUCCUUAAGUUCACACCAGUGGCUGCGAUUCCUCCGGGUGAGAACUUCACCUCGACCAUGCUCAGGAUCUACUUCAAAUUGGAAAUGAAGGAUGGCUCUGUCAAAACCAAAACGUACAUCUUUAAGACAAUGCUCCCGGAAGAGCGUGGAGGCAAUGACAUCAACGAUUUCGGUCUUUUCCCCAAAGAGGCCAAGAUGUACGAGACAUAUCUUCCAGCCUUCGAAGCACUUUACAAGGAUGCCGGAUGGAAUAUACAAUUAGCGCCGAAAUGUCUCCACACCGAGGAGCGAGACGGAGACAUCUACUUCAUCUUUGAGGAUCUGAAAGUAAAGCAGUUCAAGAAUGUGGAUCGUACAAAGGGCCUGGACAUGGAGCACAUGACGAGGGCACUUCAGAAAUUAGCUGAGUAUCAUGCAGCCAGUUCGGUGUACGAGGAGCAGAAUGGCCCCUAUCCCAAGGAAUUUCUGGAAGGAUUUGUCACCCGUGAUGUUAAAAAGUUUCACGUAGAUGGAUUUAAUCUCAAGGAGAAGUCUUUUAAGAAAGCCAUGCUUACCUGGGGCAUGGAGGAUGCUGAUAAAUACGUGAAAACCUUUCCAACCACGGAACAGUAUUGGGCCCAAUGUCUGAGUACCCUGGACUUGGACCUUAAUGAGUUCAAUGUCCUCAAUCAUGGAGACUUCUGGUCGAGCAACCUGAUGAGCAGCUAUCUUCCCGAUGGCAGCCUGGACGAACUCAUUCUUAUCGACUUCCAGAUAACUAUGUGGGGCAGUCCGGCUAAGGAUCUGCUCUUCUUCAUCAUCCUGUCGGCUGCCACGGACAUACGCCUAAAGGAGUUCGACAACUUUGUCAGGAUCUACUGGGACCGCCUAGUCGAAUGCCUUAAAGUGCUGAAGUUCAAGAAGCCUUUGCCCCAGCUCAGAGAUUUACAGAGUUCCAUGUACAAGAAGACCCACUCAUUCUACGCUUUCUUCGGUCUCAUGAAUCAUCUGCCCAUUAUCCUGUUUCCCACUGACAAGGACAGCAACUUGCACAACUUAUCUGCGGAAACAGAGGAAGGCGAAAGCCUUCGACUGCGGAUGCUUUCCAAUCCCGCCUUUGGUAGCGUAAUGAAAGACCUGUAUCCCUUCCUCUACAAUAAGGGUAUUCUAAACUAUGAAGAUUACGAUGUGUUAUAAUUAUUAAGUUUAUAACUGGCAAUAAAUCGUAGACAAGUAUCACGCAA